UUCGUAGUAUGGCCAGCAUAAAGACCGACGAGCGCCCUCUCAACUCCACCCAUCUGCGCUCUCUCUCCUCUCAUGGCCGCAAUGCUAACCUUCGCUGCGCUGUCUCUGCUAUUUUGCGCCGGUGGUCACAUCGCAUUAGCCUUCACCGACGGGUUACUGCCCAACGGCAACUUCGAGUAUGGCCCAAAACCCUCACAGAUGAAAGGAACGGUCGUGAUUGGCUACAACUCCAUACCCCAAUGGGAGAUCUCAGGCUUCGUUGAGUACAUCGAAUCAGGCCACAAGCAAGGCGACAUGCUGCUGGUGGUGCCGGAAGGAGCCUUCGCCGUCCGGCUGGGGAACGAGGCAUCGAUCAAACAGAGAGUGAAGGUAGUGAAGGGGAUGUACUAUUCACUUACAUUCAGCGCCGCCCGCACGUGCGCACAAGAGGAGCGGUUGAAUGUGUCGGUGGCGCCGGACUCCGGCGUACUUCCCAUGCAGACGUUGUACAGCAGUAAUGGAUGGGACUCGUAUGCAUGGGCUUUUCAGGCAGAUUUUGAUGUGGCGGAGGUGGUGAUCCAUAAUCCUGGGGUGGAGGAGGAUGCGGCAUGUGGGCCCCUCAUCGAUUCGGUGGCGAUGAAGGCUCUCUACCCACCCAGAUUAACCAACAAGAAUUUGCUCAAAAAUGGUGAUUUUGAAGAAGGCCCAUAUUUGUUUCCAAACACAACAUGGGGUGUCUUAAUCCCACCCAACAUAGAGGAUGAUCACUCCCCACUGCCCGGUUGGAUGGUUGAAUCACUCAAAGCUGUUAAAUACAUAGAUUCAGACCACUUCACAGUUCCACAAGGCAAGAGAGCAGUUGAACUCGUCGGCGGCAAAGAGAGUGCGAUCGCUCAGGUGGCUCGCACCGUCCCAGGAAAGGUUUACACACUCACAUUCGCCGUCGGCGACGGAAGUAGCUCAUGUGAAGGGACCAUGACUGUAGAGGCAUUCGCAGGGAGAGACACCGUCAAGAUCCCGUACAUCUCAACCGGCAAGGGCGGUUACAAGCGAGCAGUGCUUAAGUUCACUGCUGUAUCCACACGAACCCGGAUCAUGUUCCUCAGCACAUUCUACACCAUGAGAACCGAUGGGUCCCUCUGCGGGCCGGUUAUCGACGACGUCAAGCUGUUGAGUCUUCGUAGGCCGUAAGAACUUGCACAUGUGAGGUAUUACUCAUGCGAGAUGUGUUGUACUUUUUCUUUUCUUUGGCUAUAUACAUAUAUGGUGUGGUGUAAUGCUAGUAAGAGGCUUUGCUUAAGCUUAUCAUGUCAUAAGUAUAUACAGAUGUGAUAGAGAAUAUUGCAAGGAGUGGGAUUCUUGUUAUAUUUCAAUGUAACUUUGGGUAGAGAGAAAUGCAUAAGAGUGAAAGGGAAAUUUCUAUAAAUAACUUCAAAUUAUUGCUUUGGUGCA